AUGCUCUUGGCCCCUCGGCGCUAUGUGCGCUCCAUCCUGGGCGGCCUGGUCAUCUUCGGCCUUCUCUACUGGGGCCUCCUCGUCACGUCGCCGGCCCUCGGCGGUGCCACCUCGCACCAGGCCAGUCUGGAAUACUUCAUGAACGUAGAGCAACACCCCGACGCGUCACCGGUCAUAUUCAAGCCGAGCAGCUUCGACUGGGGCCAGGCGCCGCACCGGCACCUGCCACCGGACAACGUCACCCCGCUGCCCGCGGACAAGGCCCGCGCCCUGCCCAGGGUCCAGCACGUCUUUGGCCCGGAGUCGCCCGCGGCCGCGCGCGUGCGCGAGAAGCGCCGGUUGGCCGUCAGCCGCGUGUUCCAGGACGAUUGGGCGAGCUACCGCAAGUUUGCCUGGAAGAUGGACGCGCUCAACCCCAAGUCCGGCACCGGCAAGAGCCAGUUCUCCGGCUGGAUGGCCACCCUCGUCGACGGCCUCGACACCCUCUGGAUGCUGGGCCUGCGGAAAGAAUUUGACGAAGCGCUCGCCGUCGUCGCCGAGCUCGACUUUGGCCGGUCCACCGACCCCCGCGUCAACGUCUUCGAGACCACCAUCCGCUACCUCGGCGGCUUCCUCGCCGCCUACGACCUUAGCAAGCGCGAGGUCCUACUCAAGAAGGCCGUCGAGCUCGGCGACAUGCUCUACUCGGCCUUUGACACCGAGCACUACCUGCCCGUCGACUUUAUGCAAUUCGAGACCGCCAAGCGCGGCGUGGGCUUGGAGGUCGAGUCCUGGGUGGUGUCCGCCUCACCCGGCACGCUGUCGCUCGAGAUGACGCGCCUCUCCCAGCUGACCGGCGACCCCAAAUACUACGACGUUACCAACCGCCUCAUGGAGCUCUUCCGGGACCAGCAGAACGCGACCCGGAUCCCGGGGCUGUGGCCCGUGUGGAUCUCGAUGGCCAACCGGGACACCAAGAGCCGAGAGGACUUCACCCUCGGCGGCAGCGCCGACUCUCUCUACGAGUACCUCCCCAAGAUGCACGCCCUGCUCGGUGGCGGCAACCCCAUGUACGCGGACAUGACGAGGCAAUUCCUGGACGCCGCCACGAAGGAGCUCUUCUUCCGGCCGAUGCUGCCCGGCGGCGAAGACAUACUCAUCUCCGGCGCGGCCAAGGUGUCGGACGCGGGCCGGGUCGCCUUCGACCCGGAGAGCGAGCACCUGACGUGCUUCAUCGGCGGCGCCGUCGCGCUGGCCGGCAAGCUGCUGGCGAGCCCCGCCGACGUGGCCGUGGGCGCCAAGCUGGCCCGGGGCUGCGCGUACGCGUACCACGCAUUCGCGAGCGGCGUCAUGCCGGAGCGGUACAACAUGGUGCCGUGCGAGCCGCGGCUCGCCGACGCGUGCCCGUGGGACGAGAAGCGCUGGGAGGAGGGCAUCAAGGUCCGCAGGGAGUACAAGGAGACGCUGCCGCGGGGGUUCACGACGGCGAAAGACCCGCGGUACCUGCUGCGCCCGGAGGCCAUCGAGAGCCUGUUCCUGCUGUACCGCAUGACGGGCGACGUCGAGUACCAGGAGUCUGCGUGGCGCAUGUUCGAGGCGGUCGAGCGGCACUCGCGUACGACGCACGGCCACGCGGCCAUCCUCGACGUCGUCGGCGUGUACGACGAGGCGUCGCGGCAGAAGAACCUGGAAGACUACAUGGAGAGUUUUUGGUUUGGAGAGACGCUCAAGUACUUUUAUCUCAUCUUUUCUCCUCCCGACUUGAUUAAUUUGGAUCACUACGUUUUCAACACAGAGGCGCAUCCAUUCAAGCGCCCGGUAUAA